AUGUUCGACAGUUCUGUGGCCCCUUUGAUUCUCAUCCGGCCUACGGACAAUACACGGUACUUCCUUACCAUUGUUGAUCGCUUCUCCCGUUAUGUUACGGCUAUUCCGUUAGCUCGGAAGAGUGAAGCCUCGACUCACAUUCAAACCUUUAUCCUUCGGAGCUACAACGCUCUUCGCGCCACUCACUAUCCCAAACAGUUUCGCUCGGAUAAUGGCACUGAAUUCAUCAAUGAUAAUCUUCUUGUCUUUCUUGAUGAGCACGGUAUCACUCCUCAUUUCACUCAUGCCCAUUGUUCUUCUCAGAAUGGCAUUGCGGAGCGUAUGAACCGUACUCUUGAAGACAAAGCUCGUGCUCAAAUCGCACAUGGCAAUAUUCCUCUUGCUUUCUGGCCUGAGGUUAUUCGGUACUCUGCAUUCAUUCUCAACUGGACACCACGCUCCAACUUACAACAUAAAGACACCUACUCACUGUUGGUUUAA